UCUCCCUGGUACCAGUGCAAUAUUGAAUUACGUACUUUCUUAUCUUUAUCUGGAUUUUUUUUUUAUUAUUAUUUUUUUCUGCCUCUUCUCUUAUACUUGUAGUACAAGUGCGGUGCACGAGCAAGCAAGUCAUCAGGAAUAGAAAUAUGUCUCAACAUUCAAACGUCACUUUUUAUAAUGGGACAAAAGUUUCGUCACAUUGAUAUUAAUUUCAACUCUCUUCAUGUACGAUCCAUAUAUAUAUAUAUAAAAUUUAUCAAAGCAUCAAGGUUAGAUUUUUCGGGUUUAUGACCUCGCAAUCAUCAUUAUCAGUGUGUGUCAAUAGAGUAUAAUACAGCGGAGCGUAUAUUCGUUCUCGGAAGUCGAUGAGGUGUGUGCUUUAGUAAAUGACUCUCUUUUAAGAAAUCAUUUUCCCUCGAUGCUUAGAAUUUACAAUGUGCUUUGAAGAUAGCGGAUGUGUUGUGAUAAGGUUAAACAUUAGUGCUAUAACGAGGACAAUAUUGUCAGUCAUAAUUUGUUAGCUGUUGUGUCGUUGGAUCUUUAAAAAAAAAAAAAAAAAAAAAAAAAAUCAUUCCUUCUUCUUUCUUCAGUCAGAAAAAAAAACAGAAACCAUGUGUUCACUAAAGUGAUUUUUUUUUUGUGCAGUAAAUUUUACAUUUUGUGCAUUUUGAAAUUAUUUCUAAAAAGUGAAAUUUAAGUGUUGGAAAAUUCUUAUUUUUUUUUAUAUGUCAAAAAUGAAAAUUUCAAAGAGGAAUUUCUGAUUCAUUUUUUAAUUAUUCAGGAGAAAUUUUGAAAAAAGUGAAUUUUAAAUAUUUUGACAAUUUUUUUUUUUUUUUUGCUUUUUUAGUGAUUAAAAAAAAAUGUCGAAAGUGAAUAAUAAAACAAUUGGAAAUGUGAGAGAAGAAAAAACAAAAUGUCAAAAUUUUUCUGCCAAAUAUAUACCGGUAUCAAAAUGGCUUCCAAUUUAUACGAAAUUUCAAGCAAUUUCCGACCUCGUGGCUGGAAUUACUUUGGGUCUCACAAUGAUACCACAAAGUAUUGCAUAUGCCGCAAUUGCUGGACUCACUCCUCAGUAUGGACUUUAUUCCACAUUUAUCGGUGGAUUUAUUUACAUAUUUUUUGGAAGUAUUAGAGAAGUAUCAAUUGGACCAACAUCUCUCAUGGCACUUUUGACACUUGAAUUCACAUCGGGAAUGCCACUUGAUUUUGUGAUACUACUCGGAUUUUUAGCCGGAUGCGUGGAACUGGCAAUGGGUUUACUUAAUUUAGGUUUCCUCGUGGAUUUCAUAUCGAUUCCUGUUAGUACGGGAUUUACUUCUGCCACUGCAGUUAUUUUAAUCGUGCAUCAAUUGCCGCAUUUAUUGGGACUAGAGUAUGAAGCGAUAGCAGUCCUUGAUAGUUUGAUGUGCCUCUUUCAAAAUAUCAGCAAAAUUCGCUGGACCGACACAGUCCUCGGCAUUUCGAGUGUUGUUAUCCUCUUAUCAAUGAAGACCCUAAAGGACAUCGAAUGGAAAAGUUUAAAGAAUAAUAAAAACAUUGCAAAGGGGAAAUUUUUGAAAAAAAUCCUAUGGUUUUUUUCGACUGGUCGUAAUGUUGUCGUUGUAUUAGCGUCAACAAUUGCGGCAUAUCAAUUAAGUAUAGUUGGUUACGAGCCAUUUCUACUUUCAGGAAAUGUCACUUCGGGUUUGCCACCAUUUAAAUUUCCCAAUAUCACAUCACAAAUAGGCAACCAAACUUACACAUUUUUCGACAUGUGUUCGCACUUGGGUUCAGGAUUAAUUAUUGUUCCACUUGUUGCUGUUUUAACAAACGUUGCAAUUGCUAAAGCUUUUGCAACUGGAGAUUUAGUGGAUGCUUCACAAGAGAUGAGGACACUUGGUGUUUGCAAUAUAUUAGGCAGUUUUGUAUCGUCAAUGCCAACUUGUGGUUCUUUUACAAGAAGUGCCUUGAGUAGUGCAAGUGGAGUUCAAACUCCAAUGGCUGGUCUUUAUUCAGGAACAAUGACACUUUUAGCGUUAAGUUUCUUGACACCCUAUUUUCACUAUAUUCCACAAGCAACACUUGCUGCAGUACUUAUAAGUGCAAUUAUUUUUAUGAUUGAUUGGCGCCUCGUGCCAUUACUUUGGAAAGGAAAAAAAUCAGAUGCAAUAGCAUGUUUGGUUACGUUCACGGCAUGUGUUGCAAUUAAUGUUAAAACAGGUCUAUUUCUUGGUACAAUUUGCAAUAUUAUUUAUCUUCUAUUACAAUCUGCAAGGCCCAAGAUUUCUGUGACAGAAUGCAAGACACAUUUUGGUGACAAGUAUCUGCUACUUAAACCAAGUGAUGGACUGCAAUUUCUGGAAGUUAAUUAUCUGACGCAAAAAAUAUCAGAAAUUGGAGAAGUCCAGAAUAGUAAAGGAUUGCCUGUCAUUAUUGACUGUCAAAAUGUCAAGGGAGUUGACUACACUGCUAUAAAAGGAAUUGAAAGACUUCGAAAGGAAUUUGAGGCAAGGAAUCAUCAACUUUGGUUUUUGAAUAUGAAACCAUCUGUGAUCAAAACUAUUCGCUUGCUGAGUGCAAUGGAAUCUUUACAAAUCUUGGAAACUGACGAGAAUAUUAUAGAAUGUUUCCAAGAGAUGCAAACAAGUAAUAACUCUCAAACUGUAUUUGCUCUAAGAGAAACUAAUAUUAUGAAUAGGAUAAAGUUUAGUGAAAUACGUGAAAAAAAUGAAUCGAAAAAAGAAAAUUACGAUAAAAAUAAAGUGGAAAGUACAUUGCAUAAUGAUGAAAUAUUAGCAUUAAUAACAGAUCACAAAGUGGAAAUUGUGGCAAAUGAUUUACCAUCAUCCACAGAAACAUCAUCAUCACAACAACAACAACAACAACAACAACAACAACAACAACAACCGAACGGAACAAUAUCUAGUCAAUAAGUUUUUAAAUAUCUACAUCUAAUUUUUUGUUAUUUCUCUGUAAAUAUUUAUUGAAAAUUAACAAAUUUCGUUAAUUAAAAAAUUUUUUAUUUGCCCCAAAAAAAAACACGACGAACUUAUUGAGUGAAUUUGACAAAAUAAAAUCCGGUCAUUUUUAUUUCAGUUUAGGAAUCUCAGGAAUGUAUGUAAUUUACUAUAUAUAAAUUUCUUUGUAUAAAAUUUAUAUGAAAAAUUUUUGUUUAUGUAAAAUUUAAACAAAUGUUUAUUCCUCUUUUUUUUAAUUAUAAUUUUAAAAAAAUUUUACAACUGGAGAAAAUUACGGAAAUUGAAAAUAAAAUCAUUGGUAGUAUAAUUAUUAGGGGUUUAAAAUUUUCAUUUUAAAAAAAUUUUAUUAGGUGUAUAAAUUAUUUUUUAAGAUCAAUUUUAUUAAUUUUCGAAUUAACAUUUGACAGAAUUUCUUUUUAAACAAAUUUUUACUUAACAAAAUUUUUAUGAAUUUUUUUUUUGACCGAAAUUACAAAUGACCGAACAAACAAUCGAUUUUGACGCGAUGUUUAUAGCCAAUCAAAAUAUAGUUGUCAAGAAAAUCGUGAUUGGUAGAUUUUAAAAAUCGGCCAUUUGCAAUUUCGGACAAAUAAAAAUUUGGCGUUUUAAGAAUUCUGACAAAAAUAAAAAUUCGGUGUCUAAAAAUUUUGUUUAUUAAAAAUUCUUUAAAAAAAGAAAUACCGACAAAUGUUAAUUCAAAAAAAUUAAAAUUUGUCCAAAAAAAUAAUUAUAUCUAAUAAAUUUGUUGAAAAUAAAAAUUCUAACUAAUGUUUUUUGUGGGAUAAUCAGGCGUCCCCUCCCCCCCCUAUUAUUAUCAUUGUCAAUAAUCUAGAAUUUUUUUGUAUAAAAAUUCAUGUUUGUAUUAAAUUUUUUAUAAAUAAUAUUUUUCUGUAUAAAUAUUAUACAAAUUAUGUUGUUUUUUUUUUUGUAUAAUAUUAAACAAUAUCAGUAUCGAGCUAUUGUUGUUAACUUGGUUUAAAUAAUUUAUAAAAACACAUCAUUAUGACACAGUAUUUUUUUUCCAAAUAUUAAAUCCGAUUUAUAUUUAUGUUAUGAUUAAAAAAAAAAUAAUAAAUUUCAUAACGCAUUGUGUUGAAUAAUUGAAUUAUAAUC